AUGACCGCCUCCGUCGGCCUCGUGGUCGUGGCAGCGAACAGGAGAGAGUCUGCUGGCCGCACUGCCGCGCCGAGGCGAGAGGCACACAGAGCUCUACGGUUACGCGGGUGCCUGUGUUCGUCGUACCCUCUGCCGGGUUCCGUGCCCUCGGAACCUCGAUACGGCCAGCCCGCCUACGACGCCGGAGGGUUGAGCCUCUACCUCUGCGAUACCGCCGCCCCAUUGGUCGACUCUUCACAUCUCCGGCGUCGCCCUUCUCGUACCACCUCCACCUCCACCUCCUCCUCCACCACGUCACUCCACGGCAAGUGUACAUCGCGAUCGCUGGCCUGCCUAGCCAGCCAGCCAGCCUGCCUGCCUGGGUUCCGGCCGAUCGGAACGCUCCUGGUAGCCGCGGAGUAUGCGAUCCGGUGCGCGCCACUCUCUCGUGCCGAUCUCGCGCCGAUCAUCCUCGUCGAGCCAACGAUCUCCUCUGUGAAAGAGUGUACCGCCGUUCCAUGCGCGACAAGCAACAACUGUUGCCGCAUCGAGAAGAGAAUCGCGAGGAAUUCACGCAGCUAGGCGGUCCCGGCAGCCUGCAGCCAGCCGGAAGGCAACUCGAGGCGUUGGUCCACGCGGGCAAGGAGAUCGCGAGCGUGAAGACGAGGCCGACGACACCCGUCCUGGCGAACGACGGAGGGGGUGGCUUCUGGCUGGCCACGGUGGCCGCGGGGGCAAGUGCCCCGGCCGGGCUGCCCCCGCACGGGACCCAUCAUCCAGCCAUGGACCCGACAUGCGGAUCCGCCGAGACAGGCUUCAUCAACAGCCAACCCUCCAUGGCGGAGUUCAUGACCGCGUUGCCCCAGCUGGCCGGCGACGCUAGCCUUCAGCAUUCCCCAGGAACCGGAGGAUCCAUCAGUCCUGGAUCCCAUCAUCCUGGCUACCACGCCAUGAUGGAUCCUCACGGGGUCGCCGAUCCGUCCGUCAACGUGCCCGAAUACCCGUGGAUGAAGGAGAAGAAGACCACGCGGAAGAGCAACCAGCAAGGUAAGCAAGUGAAAAUUGUGAACAUUUGGAAGAAUCUAAUUGGAAAAGAUCGAUAUGAGGUUUACGAAGUUUCUUGCGUGAUAUUGUAA